AGCUGGUGGACGACGCGACACCGCACACCCCAGGGAAAGCUUGGGCUUAGCCGCCGACUUGACCCUCUUAAGACGAGAGAUAAAGGUUGCAGCUCGUCGACGACUGCUCUAGAUAAAUUCUCAGAAAUGCGGUGGUCGAUAACGAGGCCGCUUGCGGCCCUGGCGUCGCUCGCCGCCCUCGCCUCUCCCUCGCAUGCCGAGUAUAUCCUCCAGUCCAACUCGUUGAACGCCUGCCAGGAGAACUCGGGCUUUACCGCCAGCCUGUUCAAGGUCGUUUUCACGCCGAAAAACCACACGGCCAAUGUCGACAUUGUUGCCGUCUCGUCGGUCCAGGGCAACGUCGUCUUUGAUGUCGCCAUCUCGGCCUACGGAUACCAGUUCAUCAAGAGGACGGUCGAUCCGUGCAAGGUUGGCCUGGCCGGUCUCUGCCCCAUGACGGCCGGCAAGAUCCCGCUCAACUUCAACCUCAACGUCGGCGAGGACGCCGUCAAGCAAAUCCCCUCGAUCGCUUACACCUUCCCGGAUCUCGACGCCAAGGUUCGCGUCUUCAUCAACAGGACGGACGGUUCCGAGGCCGGCCAGAGCGUCGCCUGCGUCGAGGCCGACAUCUCCAACGGCAAGACCGUGGACCUGCUCGGUGUCAAGUGGGCCACCGCCAUCGUUGCCGGUCUCGCCUUGGUCUCCUCGGCCAUUGUCUCCGGCCUGGGCCACCAGAAUGCGGCUGCCCACGUCGCCGCCAAUGCCCUCUCCCUCUUUGGCUACUUCCAGGCCCAGGCCAUGCUCGGUCUGACCGGAGUCCACCUGCCGCCCGUCGUCAUGGCGUGGACUCAGGAUUUCCAAUGGAGCAUGGGCAUCAUCCGCAUCGGGUUCAUGCAGGAUAUUUUUACCUGGUACCAGCGCGCCACCGGCGGUACGCCGUCGACCAUCUUCGACUCGUUGACCACCGUUUCGGUUCAGGUCGAGAAACGCGCCGUCAAUCUGAGCCUGGGCUUGGCGAAACGCUCGCUCGCCAUGAUGCCGAGGAGCAUUUCCGAGCCCAUGUCGGCCAUAAUGAAGCGCGACCUGAUCAAGCGGGGCAACAUCCAGACCAGCUCCGGCAGCUACAUUGUCUACGGCAUCCAGCGCGUGGCAUUCCGCGCCGGCAUCGAGUCGACCAACCUCUUCAUGACCGGCCUGAUUUUCUUCUGUCUCCUCGUCCUCUUCACCUCGGCCGCCGUGGCGGCCUUCAAGGGCUUUCUCGAGACGGCCGUCAAGAAGAAGUGGAUGCCCAGCGACAGGUUUCUCGAGUUCCGCAACGGCUGGCUCACCGUCCUCAAGGGGAUCCUAUUCCGCCUCACCCUGAUCGGCUUCCCCCAGAUGACCAUCCUCUGCCUCUGGGAGUUCACCCAGAAGGACUCGGCCGCCGAGGUCGUCCUGGCCGUCUUCUUCCUCUUUGGCAUGGUCAUCACGCUCGGAUGGGCCGCCUACAAGGUCAUCAUGAUUGCCCGCCGCUCCAUCCUGAUGCAUAACAACCCCGCCUACAUCCUAUUCUCGGAUCCCCAGGCGCUCAACAAGUGGGGUUUCUUGUACGUGCAGUUCCGGGCCUCGGCUUACUAUUUCAUCGUCCCCGUUCUGGGCUAUGCCCUGGUCAAGGCCAUGUUCAUCGCCUUCGCGCAGGACAAGGGAACCGUGCAGGCCGUCGGCUUCCUCAUCCUCGAGGCCGGCGCCCUGAUCGCCGCCAGCGUGCUCCGCCCGUGGAUGGAUAAGAAGACCAACUCGUUCAACAUCGCCAUCUGCGCCCUCAACUUUAUCAAUUCCAUCUUCCUCAUGAUCUUUACUGAGGUCUUCAACCAGCCGCCCCUCGUCACGGGCGUCGUCGGCGUCAUCCUGUGGAUCACCAACGCCGUCUUCGCCUUGAUCCUGCUGCUCAUGCUCAUCGUGAGCACCAUCUUCGUCUUCUUCCGCGAGAACCCCGACGGCCGGUACCAGAUCAUGGCCGACGACAGGACUUCGUUCAUGAAGUCGCAGACGCACCUCGCCCAAACCACCGAGCUGGACGCCCUUGCCGCAACCGCGCGCGGCGACAAGGGCGGCUUCAAGGGCGGCUUGGACCUGGACGAUGAUGCCGAGUCCAUCACAUCGGACUCGUUGCGCCACCAAACCGAGCACUUGGUCGUGCCCUCAAACGGCUCCGUGACGGGCUUCAGCAGCCAGCCGCGUGCUCCCGCUUCGCCCUCGAUGCCUUUGUUCCCUGCCGACGGCCCUCGGAGUCCUCCGAGGUUCAAUGAGCGACCGGCGAGCCCGUUCGGCGCGUCAAACUACGGCCCGGCCUUUAGAGCUCAGAAUAAUUCUAGCCCCUGGCAGCGUGGCGCCGGCUACGAUCAUUGAUCCAUGCCGCUGAAGCCGCUUUGACGCGGCUUUCCUGAUUGCACAUCUCUGCAUCUGACCAUAAUGACGAAACGGACACGGAGUUUUGCCGAUUUAUUUUUUCCCUCUCUCUCUUUCCGGGUUGGAGGUACACAAACGACCGCAACACUUCGCCCAUAACGGGCAUAUUUAGGAAGCCAGCAAAUAGCUUCGGUGCGAAGAGUGCCAUCGCUCGCUUUCAGCAGAUACCCAGCGCGCGCGCUCUCUCCACCCCUUAUUUGCAUCAGUCUGCCGUGCCGUGUUGUUGG